GUGAUUAUUCGCCUUUCGCCGCCCAUCUUUCAAAUGCGCCCAGUACCCUGGUCCUCCUGGCUGAGCUCCAUCCUGGUACAUCAAUAAAUCCUUGAAAGGACUGCGUUGCAUGUUACCCACGUUUAUAUGUUGUGACACGUUAGCGACAAGCAGCAAAGCGAGCAACUGUACUGUAAUAAAGGGAGGGGCCAUGUCAUCGCGGCUGCAGGGCUUAGAGACCUCAAAUAAUGACUCAACUCUUGCACACUAUGCUGAGGUCCUCAAAAGUCUUGGAGCUCCGCCUAUCGAAGUGCAACUUGACGUCGAUGGAAAGGGGAAAGGCCUUGUUGCAACACGCGAUAUAAGCGAGGGGGAGACCGUGUUCACGGAGCGCCCCCUGGUCAGCCUUCAGCACACCGAGAACAAAGCUCAGCUUGUCUGCCAUCUCUGCUUACGCUUCAUCGGCACCGUUGAGCGCCAAAUUGGGCACAAGUUAAGCUGCCUGGUGGACGACUGCAAAGCUGCUUAUCGUCAGGCUGCUCCUGAGAAUGAUGCAACACGUGUUGCUGGGGAUGGCGACAGCGAUGAUGACAACGAGGUGGAUCUGGAAGGCGCCCUGGAGGCGGGCGAGCGUUUGGAGCAGCUCUACUCCUACGUGAGCCGCGAGCGCAUCCAGGACCUCAGCUCCGGAGCCGAGCGCCUGCCUCUGACAGAGGACUUCCAGCUGCCGCAUCCGGUCCCCUGCCGGCGCGGCUGCGGUGAUCUGUACUGCAGUUCCGCCUGUGAGGAGGAGUCCUGGCAGCACUCCCACUGCCUGCUGUGCACCGCGGCGCCUCCCGCAACCACCCAACCGUCCGCCGCUGCCGGCUGCUCAUCCGACCCCGCCGCGGCCGGGCCUUCCACAGUAACAGCAUCGCUUGCUGACCCAUCACUGGAAGAGCCGGCGGCAGCUUCCGCGGUGGAUGCAGAUGCAGGGGCAGGGAGCUCAUCGGGAUGUGGGUCGGGUUCGGCAGGUCCUUCCUCAUCCACAACAGCUAGGGAAGCAGAGGAGGCCUCGUGCUCUUCCUCCUCCUCCUCCUCCGCAGCUGCUGCUGCUGCUGCUGAAACGACAUCAGCAGGAGGCAAGGCGGGGCCUGUUGAAGAGUUGUACGGCAUUCGCGUGGACCGCCGUGCCAUGGCCGCAUUCGCGCAGCACGCUCGCGAAACCAACGAGAUCUUCCUCUUAGCGGCGCAGGUGGUGGCUGCCACGCUGCUGCGAGCUGCCAAGGCCCUGCAGCACACCGGCUCCAUGACGGCUCCUUCUGCGCCAGCACAGGACUCAGCAGCGGCUGCAGCUGCAACAUCUUCAUGUGCGAACGCCCCGAGCGAAGGCUCAUCGGCAGCGGCUGCGGUAGCGACGUGCUCAUCGUCGGGUGUUGCUAAGGAGGGGGCGACAGCGGAGGCGGCGGCGUUGUCGGCAGCCUGGCGGCCGUACCAGUUCGCCUGGAAGCGCUGCUGGUGGGAGGCGGUGGCGGUGCCGGAUGACGUGGAGGACGAGGAGGAGUUCAGGGGUCAGCUGAGGGAGCUCGCGUCCGACUCGCUGGAGCUGCUCUCAGCCGCCAUCAGCGACCCACGAUUCGGCCCUGACCUCCUCAACCUGCAGGUGUACGGCAGCAUCGUGGGCAUGUUUGAGCUGAACAACCUGGGUCUGUCGGUGUCCUCCCCGGUGGAGGACUUCUUCCUGGCGGUGGACGAGAUGGAGGAGGGCGCGGAGAAGGAGGCGGUGGUGCGGGUGACUCAGCCGCUGCUAGACGCGCUGGACUCGGACUACGCUACCCCCUGCGAGGCCACUGCAUUCCUGGCGAUACAGAGCUGCAUCAACCACUCGUGCGACCCCAACUGCACCGCCGCCUGCGACACCGGCGACCGCACCGUCACCGUGCUGGCUCAGCGGGACAUCCCCGCAGGCGAGGAAAUCACCUUGUCGUACAUCGACGUCUCCUUGCCGUACAAGCAGCGCCAAGCGCAGCUAGCGGACUAUGGGUUCGUGUGCCGCUGCAGCCGCUGUACGGCGGAGGCGGCGGCGGCGCGGGCCCGGCGGGGGGCCUCGGCCAAGGGGGGCGUAAAGAUUGGCCGGAGACGAUGAGUUGCCUGGAGGAAGGGAGUAACCAGUGGUGGUGUUUUUAUUAUUUGCUUCUUGUGCUGGUGCACAGUGGGACUUUAAUGCAAGGAGGUGGAUGUGACGAAUGAGAGGGCUUUGGGAGCUUGUGAGCACCCUAAAAGAACAAGGGGAGGGAGGACAUCAGUGGUGGUGGUCUGUUACGACUGUUAGGGCAUACGUCUUUACGCCUGGUUGCUUUUAUUGGUUACCUUUCUACGAGAGGCCUUUUGCAAGCACCCUUCUGCAACGCAGUUAUCGUACUGUGAAUACCGGAGGUUAC